UUUAUUGAGAAUUUGAAGUUUUGCAAUCAGGGAAGUUCCAAGUCGCUUGUGACGAAUCUGCAGUCGCGAAACAAAACUGCGCAACUCGCCUUACCAAAACAGUCGUAACUCGAGACGGGGAGUAAGAUAACAUAGGAGCAACUUGACAUGUAACACCACUUUAAUUCGUCAUCAUUGUCCCUACUCGCUACGAGGUUUUAACAAAAUGACUCAAGCUCCAAAAAGCGGCUCGGUCGUCGUCGCCGAUUGGCACCGAUGCAAAGACAGCAAAGAAUACUUCAGCAAGAUACUAUACAAGAAGAAACGCAAGCAUUUUGGUCUAUUGGAGUCCCCGGUAAUGCCGCCACACAUCCCUGUGGACACGGUACACUAUAAGGUCGUCCUGUCUGGCAAGAGUGGAGUGGGUAAAAGUACUCUCGCAGCACGCCUUGCUGGACAAACAAUACCCAGCAUGCACUACGAGACCACAGGCAUUGAGACGACAGUGGUUUACUGGCCAGUCAAGUUAAAAGAAAGUGGCAGAGUGCUCUUCUUCCGUUUCCAGUUGUGGGAUUGCGGAGAAAAUGCCUUGCGACGAUUCGACCAUCUGCUCCCAUCUUGUAAGGAGAAAGUGGAUGCCGUUCUCUUUCUUUUCUCCUUCACUGAUAGAACAUCUUUUGAUGAUCUUGCUAAUCAAAUUACAAAGUGGAAAGAAUCAUCUGGGGGCCCAGCUGUGACUUUGGUGGUCGGCACAAAAGAAGGACGUGAGAAACUUCCAGGAAACGUGGCAGCUAGCAGUGUUGCGCACAGGCAGCGAGGAGGUGGGCGACGGGCUGGAUGCCGCCGCACCUCUCCUCAACAGCCUGGCAGAGAAUCUAUGGAAUCAAGAUUGCAUUAUGGCUGGGCACCAGAUGCAGCAGCAGACAGAAAGUUCGAUUUUGGAAUAGUAGAAUUAUUAAAAAGUAGUUUUUUUCCCCCUGAAGAACACUCUUCCUUAAUAUAAUUUCUUUGCCACUUUCACAAUUAAAAUGAAUUUAAUGUUUUAUAUGAGAACAUACCAUUUUAUUACCAGCCAAUUUGAAUGUACAGUUCAUUAAAAUCAAACAUAUUUAACAGUGAAAAA